AAAAUAUUUAACCUUGAGAAUAUUUGUUUUUUCACUUGUUAAAAAGAUUACAAAUUUAAGAAGAUGAGUUGGUGCUUCAGACCUUACAACAGUACAAGUGAAUAUGAGCAUCAUGAUGUCGAAUUUAAGAUACCGAAUGGCUACGAAUGCGAUACAGUUAUGAGUGUCGUUAUUAACAAAUUCUAUGGGGUUGCACACUGGUACUUCGCUGAUGAAGAGAGAACAAAGAUUCGGGUCAUUGGAAAUUUUAAUCUGAAAAAGUUGGUGAAAAAACUCACGAGAGCAACAGGUGAAAAACUAUACUAUGAGGAUAUGGAAUACGAAGAGAAAGAUGAUGAAUCUGAAUAAUUUUCUUAAUUUAUAUAAUUACUAAAGCUG